UGGAAAGUUGGUAGCUUUUAGUGUUUCAUAUGUGUGGAUUUUAAAAUUAAGCUGCUUACUGUUGGUGGGAAGAGAAUUAAGAUGACAAUUUGGGAUACAGCUGGACAGGAGAGGUUCAGAACAUUAACAAGCUCUUACUAUAGAAGUGCCCAAGGAAUCAUUCUCGUGUAUGAUGUGACUCGGAGAGACACCUUUACCAACUUAUCAGAUGUAUGGGCUAAAGAAGUGGAACUAUACUCAACUAAUCAGGACUGUGUCAAGGUGCUUGUCGGGAAUAAAGUUGAUAGAGAAUCUGAGAGGGCUGUGAGUAGAGAAGAGGGCAUUGCUCUUGCAAAAGAUAUUGGAUGCAUGUUUCUUGAAUGUAGCGCCAAGACUAGAGAAAAUGUGAAGCUUUGCUUUCAAGAGCUAGCAUUAAAGGUACUUCGAGGGGAUCUUGGGAGUAGAUGA